AUGGCAGAAUCAGAAGAAAUUCAGCGUCAUUUGAGAGAAAUCUGGCAGAAAUUUCACAUGGUUUUUCAAAAAAAGGAAAAUGAUGAAAGCGAAAUAACCGUGAAUUACUAUUGUGCUUGUAUUAAGUGCAAUAAGGUAUAUCAGUUUAAAGAUUCAUCAGAUGGGUCGUGGGUUGGGUUGGGUCGGGUUGGGUUGAAAAGUUGCAUUUUCAGGCGGGUUGGGUUGGGAUGGGUUGAGUUAAGUGAUGGGUUGGGUUGGGUUGGGUCAGUAAAAAUGGACCCAUGUCCACCUCUGGGUUGUAAGACAUUCCAAGAACGAAAGCAAAAAUUUGCAUCCUUCCUGGCAUGA